UUUGCAUGAUAAAAUUAUGCCUAAAAGUAACUAAUUAUAUGAUUUAAUAUCACUAGACGGAGUAAUACUGUUCUUUAUUUACCCCACACUACUUUCACACACACCCCUCCGGAUGUUAUGAGGUGAGCGAGGCAAAAAUAGCUCUUACAUGUGUUCGCUGUGACCGAGCCCCUCUCCGCUUGGCUCUGUCAAUCACAGGACAAAACAAGAUGGCAGGCUACAGGAGCUGGGUCUUCUUUUUAACAGUUUGUGCUGUUAGUUUCCUUGGGGCCAAUGCAGAGAUCAAAGUUACCAUUCCUGUGGGGAGGUUAUUUACAUAUGAGCUGCUGAGAGAGACGUUCCAGAAUGACUUUGAACCUUUGUCAAAACUUUACGCUGGCCGCUUGUAUGAUGACCCCAUGGUUUUUAAGUGCAACAGGCAGAAUUUCCCAGACCUCCCAGAGUGGCUUCGCUUCACCCAAAGACACCCUUACGAUAACGGCUUCCUGUACGGCACGCCAACAUCUCCAGGAAAAAGUAUAAUUGAGAUCUACGCGAUCAACAAACGGAGCUAUGAAGCAGCCAGACACAUUCUCGUAAUCAAAGCCACUGCAGAGAAGAUGCUGCCCUAUCAAGCAGAGUUCUUCAUCAAGCUGAGGGAGAUUGAGAAGGUGCUGCCCUCUUCUGUCCAGGAUGAGAUAAAGCAGGACUUACAGAAGCUGUGGCAGACAGAGGCGUUGGAAAUUGUCAAUAUAACCAACGCCCUCGACCGCGGCGGCAGAGUUCCCCUCCCUCUUGCAGGACACUUUGAAGGUGUGUAUGUGAAGGUGGGGUCGGAGCAGUAUUUCUCACGUUGUCUCUUGAGCGUGAUGACAGCAGAGCAUCAAAAGCAGUGUGCCACAGGGGCCAAAGUCAAAGUCCCCGGAGGCUGUAACUUCUGCAACAUUCCCAGCAACUGUAUCACCUGGUGCAAGACGGAGCUGAUUGAUCUCACAAACCAGGAGCCGGCUCCACCUGCUCCCACGAUGGGUUCUGGGAUUCUGGAGGAUGGAGGUGACUUUGACCCGCCUGAGUCUCCCCCGAGAAGAGACUUCCUACCGGACUACAUCGUGACAGUGAUCGUGCCCCUGAUCCUCGCCAUCAUCCUGUGUCUCCUGCUGGCCUACAUCAUGUUUGGCAGACGAGAGGGAGUUGCAAAAAGGAAUGCAAAAACAGACCAAAUUCAGCUGUACCACCACCACACCAUUCACGGGAACAGCGAUGAGCUGAGGAACAUGGCUGGAGAGCGUGGCGCUCCUCCACCUCUGUCCACGCUGCCCAUGUUCAACAGCCGGACCGGAGACCGGGCUCCUCCGCUGCAGUCUGACAGCCCCACCAUCCCCCUCAUAAUGGCCCAGCAUGAUCCUUACAGUGACACACUGCCCAGGAAAUGAGAACAGCGAUGGAUUAAGCGUGUGAUACACAGAGUGUCAUUUAUACAGUCUGUGGUUCUAUA